AAUAAACAUUAAUGGCUGCCAAUCUCGUAUGAAGAAGCAGCAGCAGUGAAUUUUUCGCUCCAAUUUGCAAAAAGUUAGAGAAAACUAUUUUGGAAAAUAGUGUAACAGUUAAAAAACAAUUUGCUAAAACGCAGCGUGGAUAAUAUUCGUGCAGGAUGUGGCCGCAGGCGUUGCAAAUGUCUAGAGAUGAGUGUCGAGGGAUUUUGAGAAGACUUGAGCUGGAAUCUUAUUCUCAUGUGAUUAGUGUAUUUCGCGCUCAGGGUGGCCUCAGUGACAACAAGGCCAAACUUCUUGAGGAGUUGCGUGGCAUAUUUCACAUCUCGCAAGAGCGUCAUCGAGCUGAAGCGCGUCGUGUUGCAAACGAUGAACAAUUGUGUACCAUAGCUGAAGCUAUAUCGGGUCCAAAUACAUGGCAAGAAUGGUCGCGUGAAGGACGACGAUCGUAUCCGAUGUUACCGCGUGUGGCCCCACAAACAGCGCUGGCAUUAAUUGCCAAUAAUGUGGCAACUGAGACAGUUUCUGAAAACGCUAAAUUACCUUAUCCCGCUGAUACGGCAGCAGCAGUCGUUGCCGAACGGGCAAAUACCAUCAAUUCAAUAACGGGAAAAGAAGAAUUGGAAUCUUGGGAAAUCAAGCGCGAGGUUUACGUCGUUACAGAUGAUCCUUUCAAAAUGCCUGAUAUUCCUGCUGCCAACAAGAAAAAUCUUAAACGUAACAUAUCCGACAGUCAAACUGGCAGCAAUAAAAAGCGUAUUAUCAGUGAUACUUCACCCAGCAAACAACAGCACCAAAAGCAGUUUCAUCACAUAACUGCUAAUAGUACCCAAGCUACGUCACCCAGCACCGGUAACAGUAACAUACGCAAAUUAUAUCACAAUCACAACAGCAAAGCUGCCCAGCAACGUUUAAAUCAAACACCAUUACAAAAACAAAAACUGGCAACGAAAAAAUCACAAAUGGCCACAGGUGUAAACCCCGUAUUACCUGUUACACCUGGUAAGCGACAGGCGACGCCUGCCAAAAGUGGCCGCAAAGCGAAUUCCAAACUUCAAGAACAGAAACAACAACAAUCACUUGCUCAACAACAGCAGCAACAACAAAUGCUGGCGCAGGCAACCGUUCGCAACAUACAACAUGUCGUUGGUGAGGGCUUGGAUGAGUUCAACAUAGAUCAGAAUUCCACACAACCACAGAUUGCCGCUUCAAAGAAGGACAUAACCAAGAAUUUAACCAAAUUGCAAUUGCCUAGCGUAAUUACCACACCACCAUCAACAGGAGCAUCAUCAGUAUCGCCAAAUGUGAUAGCACCGGCAAUACCAUCCAACGCCCCAUUAAUGGUAAAUGCUUUGUCUACACGUAUUGAUACCCAUCAAUUGCCAACUGCCUUAUCGCCAACCAUUGGCAGUGCUGGCGGAUCAUCCGUACCCACAAUUAUACAUAGCAAAGUGGAAAAAAUGAUUUCAACGCCAGUCCAGAAAAUUAUACUUGAAGACCGUCUUCCGCCACAACAACUACCGGGUUCGGUUGCUACAACUUCAACAACAGCAAUGGCAUCAGCGGUCGUGGUAUCGACGGCAUCCACGUUCCAAUUGCAAUCUACAUCCACACCACAGAUAAUGACAUUACCACAAUUAUCAGCGGCCGCCACAAAAUUACGCGCAGUAAAUACAACAAUUUUGGCACCCGGUACUAAAAUCACCACGAAAAAGUUAUCCGGCUCUACAUUGAUUAGUGCGCUUAGCACAGAGAAUACCGGCACUACAAAUAGCAGUGGUUCACAAGUGUUUAGCAUCAUUGAAGGUAACAAUAGCUCAAGUAAUGCACAAGCGACACCUUCUCUGCCGACGCACACGCCACCCGCAAUCAUACAAAUACAAAAUACAAACAACACUAGUGUGUCUACGGAAGGUACUACACUGCAAUCAUCACAACAGCCGGCGCAAGGCAAAGUGUUAACAACGAAAUUGUUACCAAUUGUGUUGAGUAGCGCCGGUGUUGCUGGUGGUGGUGCUAGUGUAGGCACGUCCACUGCUGGUAGUGGCGGUAACACUGUUAAUAUUACGAAAAUUGAAACUAUCAAUAAUGGUGCUACACUGGUGGGUGGCGGUGUUGGAGGCAAUGCUCUUAGUGGGAAUAAUUUAAAUGCUUCUUUGGGUGGCACAACUGCAGUACUAAAAACCGUGGGCUCCACAUUAUUGCUAUCACCGAAUCAGAGUGGCACCCCUGCGGGUAGUGCGCUGUUCUCAACACUAACAUCCGGCGCUCCGGUGUUCCGCAAAUCACAGAUCAUUAAAACGGGCACAAUUGGCGUGAACGCAAGCAGCGCAGGCAAGCUUUCUGGCACCUUCAGUACUUCCAAUUCAGGCCCCCAAAUUAUCAGCAAUAUAAAAUUGACACCAGCGAAUACCACUACAAGUGUAACGGCGGUCAGUCAUACGAAUCAACAAUCACAACAACAAUCAACUUCAGCUUCACCAUUCUUACAACAUCAGCUAAAGAAUAUCUCAACCACUGGUAUUCGUACCAGCGUAAAAAUAUGCCAAUCACCAAAUGGCAAAGUGUUCAUACAACCAGCCAACAUAGACAACGCAUCGAAAGCAAAACUACAAGGUGCAUUGUCACACAAAAUCUUGCCCAACGCGGUGGUCAGUAGCAAUGCCACGGGUGCUGGUACAACCGGCACACACCAGCCGCAACGCAUCGCCAUACAGAAAGUGCAAAUAAUCCCAGCACCAUUAAAUUCACCCGGCAAUCUGGCGGGCACCUUUCAUACGGCCACUUCACAAACCCAGUCGCAGACGAAGCCCACAAUUACAACAAACACAUUAACAUUGGGCGGCAAUAAAGGCAAUAUGAAUAUGGUUUUCGUGCCGUCAGUUGGUGCACGCACCACCUCCGGGACAAUAACGCUGUCGAAGCCUGCUAGUGUUAGUAGUGGUAUUGUUGCAGCUGCUAAAGUGCAGAAUACUCAAAACACGGAGGCCGUCAAACCCAAUGUCGUGAUAAUCGGCUCGUCGUCAGCACAAAGCAGCACAAAUACACCAAUUAAGACGACCACAUUCAUCGAUGGCAGCAAUAACAAAUACAACGUGACCUCUAGAGCAGCGAGUGCAGUGCAGUUGGAGGCAAAUCAAAUGAUUACCGAAGAUACGCCAGUUGAUAUACUCAAUAUGCCGAUAAUAGUGGACAGUGGUGACGGCACGAAUAUCACGAUGGGUAAUAAUAUUGGUGAUACAGUCACGGUAUUGCCAACAACGCUUGUGGAAAGUACACAACAGCAGCAGCAACAGCAUGAACAACAAAACCAACAACAGCAACCGUCCACAAUAAUUUUGGGUGCCACCGAUUGGGAAAUGGAAUUGGAUCAAGCAACAGCUGUUGCAGCAGCAACUAAAGCCGCAGCACGCACUGAAUAUCGGCGACAGUCAAGCAAUCAAACGGGUGGCAAACAACAACAGCAACAAAUGCAAGACAAGGAAACGAUUGAUGGGGAGACCAUAAUUAUCGAUGACAGUUUUGAAGAUGUCAUUGUGGAGGAGCAGGAAGAGGGCGACACAGACGCCGGCACUGAGACUGAGGGCACUGUUGACGGUGAAAUGGACGACAAUGAAAUGACGGACGAUACGGCCGGCGAAGAGGGCCAAGAGAUGACAGAACGUGCAUACACAAUCUAUAGUGGCACUGAAAGUGGUGGUGAGAUAUCACCAGCCAAAACGCGUGAUGCGCUGAAGCUGAAGAUGGGACGAUUGCAGAAAACGUACAAUAACGCCAGCGCUAACGUCAACGAUGAUGAUGAACCUAUUGAAGUGAUUGACGACGAUGAGGAGAAUACGACUGUGGCGGUCAGCCAGAAAAAAUCUGCACAAAAAGCGGAAAGUGAAACCGCAAAAUUGGACAGAGCAGCGAAUGCAGUCAAUGUGAGCAACGCAAGAGCAAACAGCAUAUCCGCCGCAGUUGAAUGCGAAGCUGAUGCUGGAUUUGAUGAGACUAUCGUUGCCGAUAUUGAUGAAAAUACCGCAAUUGAAUAUAUAGAAGAGGAUAACAACACGCAUGUAAACAAUGACAAAGCUGAGGUAAACAAUUUAAACGUCACACCAGCCAAAACCACACAAAGUCGUCAAAUAGCGGAGAGUGAAAUCAUCGUACUGGACGACAAUGACAGCGCAACACUAACGGCCACAGCAACAGCAACGCUGACUGCUGCGUCGUCGUCGACAGCAGCGACACACGGCGUAGCAACCGAGGAUACAGUCGUGGUGGAGUGCAACCCAAACAAAAUGGUUAGCGGCAAUAUAGCAACAACGAUAAAUGUUGCAGCGCUAAAGCCAGCAACAGUCACCACCGUCAAUCGCAAUGACUGAACGCGCCAGCAAUAAAUAUGGUUGAAGCUUCAUGGCACUGCAUGCAGAUUGUCGAAUUUGCUGGAGGCUGCGUUGGUAAACCAGUUUUUUUGCCAACAAUUUCUCCAGCUGUUAUACUGAGCAAUAGCAGUUGAUGGUGGGUCCGGUACAGGGUGUAGAGUGUAGACUAAUUUGCAAUGGUGUACAUAGAAAGUGUGGUGAAAUUAAUUGUUUAUAGCAAUGGUGAUUUAGACAGUUGCUUUUGAAAACAUUUUUAGAGCAAAAGCUAAAGUUAGCUGAAACGCAAAGUGAAAGAAAAGUGAGAUGAUUAGUUGAGACAAGCGCUGACUAGCCGUUGAAAUUUAAAAAAUAUAAUUUUUUGUUUAUUGAUGAACAAAAUGUGUACAAAAAGUUUGUGAAGCAAUUUUUUGUUUAUUGAUGAACAAAAGUUUUAGCAAAAGUUUGUGAAGAAUUUUUUUGUUUAUUAAAGAACAAAACAUUUAGAAAAGUUAGUGAAGGCUGUAAGUAGUAGAAAGGCAUUAGCUGGUUAUUUUCUAGCAUACUACUACUCACUCAAGUAGGUUGGAUUAUAGUUUAAACUUAAUUUACAGUUAUUCAAUAUUUUCUCUUAUUAUUAUAAUUUUUUUUUUGUAAAGUUUUACCAUAAGAAUUUAACGUAUCUUAAGUACUCACAUGUUUUUAUGAGCACCCACGACGGAGAGGUAAUGCAAUUGAAUUCAUCAUAUAUAGUGCUAGCGCUAAGUACCAGUGGAAUAAUUAAAAAAAAUAGAAGUAAAAAUUUCCAAAAUUUUCUGCUAAGUUGUAAAUAGUAGUUAGUAACUUACUUAGUUGUAUUUCCAACACAAGCAAAGGAAGGGACAUAUAAAUCGGCGAAAAAAGCCACAAACUGCAGUCACGGCAAGUUUCUCAAAUUGAGGGUCGCGUUAAGUGCUGUUGUGCAUACUUGUACAUAAAUAUUAAUAAUUUAAUGUUAGGCAGUUUGUUUUUGGACUGCAAACCUUUUGCAGCUUGUAUAAAAUAAAUACAUUUUUAUGUAAUUAAAACAAAUAUACAUAAAUCAUUUGUUAAUACUAUGUACUAAUAAAAGAAAUAACACGUUAUACUUACCCCAACACACACACACACUCAUACACACACGCAUGCACGCAUACAAACAAUUGUUCGUUAUGCCAAGCACACAGCGAGAUUAUAGGUUAGUAGUUGAUAAUUUGUUUAAAAUAUUUUUUUCUAAAACAUAAAUUACUUUAAAACGCAACGCAAGCAAUUCAAUGAACGAUAAUAGUUUUAAAGUAUACGUAAAUAAUGUGGAAUGACACAAGCCAAGUAAAAGUAAGGAAAAAUGCACAGUGGUACAGAGCUGGUAGUAGGUUUGAGCAGCUGUUGCAUGUUUUUUUUUAAUAAAAGAUAUUAUUUAAAAAGUUUUCUUUCAGUGCUUUUACUUACGCUUAGCUUAGCAACGCGAAGCGCCGUAAAUAAAUGAAAAACAAAAACAAAAAUAAAAACAAAAAAAAAAUUUAACAAGUUGAAAUUAUAAAUUUUGGUUGUUAGUAGUUUUUUAAACAAACCGUUAGACAUAUGUACGUAUUGUAUGUUACCCGAAAGCAGCUACAAACGCACCUUAGUAUUAAUGCUAGUUUGUUAUGUUCUUACUCACCCAAAAUACUUUUGUAUGGACAAGUUUUGAAAGAAUUGCAAAUACAUAUAUAUUAUUUACGAAUGCCAUUACUUACCUACACAACUAAUAUUUGUAAAUGUGCGAAAUUAAUUUGUGUAUAACAACAUGCUCAAAAUCAUUACUCGAAAUUACUAAAGCAAUCCGAGAUAAGCUUGAAUAUCUAAAUUAUUCAAUUACUUUCAAUUAAAAUGAAUAUUACAAUUAUUCAAUUACUUUCAAAUAAAAUUUCGAAAACUUUCAAUUUCAUGAAAUUAAAAUGAAAAUGAAAAUUUCCAAAACUUUCAAUUUCAUGAAAUUAAAAUGAAAAUGAAAAUUUCCAAAACUUUCAAUUUCAUGAAAUUAAAAUGAAAAUAUUUAUUUUGCUUUCAAUGCGUUAUUCUUCUUCUUCUUUCACACUAAGCGGUUAGCAGCUAUUAUUUAAAAGCGCAAAAAACAAAGUUACAUAAUUAAGCUAACGUUUGUAUGUACAGUAAAAUUAAAUUAUAUAUAAAUAUAUUAAAUGAAAUUAAAACAAAACAAAAAAAAAUAUUAUAACCAAAAAACAACAAAAAACAGGUUCUUUAGCGGUAGUUAUAAUAAAACUAAUAAAAGCAAAUAUACAUACAUACACACAUGCAUACAUAAUCUAUUAAUUGUUGAAGAAUACAUGUCUGUAACGUUUAUCUUUAAAUCUUUGCUAUUAUUACUACUACAUAAUAUUAUAUAUAUUUUUUUGUUUAUUGAAUUUGUGUAGAUUUUAUCAAAUAGAACAGUAAAUAUUUGAAUAAAAACGCCGUUUUGAAAAAUAAAAAUUUA